CGGGUCCACUUCGGCUGCGUAAACAGCAUGGACGUGAUGGCUGCAGCUGCUUCCGGAUCCACCAAACAUCCGAGCCAUCCGCGCCAUGAGCUGACUCUUCUGUGGAAGCCCGGUCGAGCUGCCUCCUUAAGGUGCGAUGCUUGUGGCGCCAUACACCGAGGGAACUCCUAUUUCUGCACCCUUUGUCAAUACUGCAUCAGCCAGAGCUGCGCGGCCUUACCUGCCAGUCUCGACCGCCACCACCUCCACAACCACCCGCUCUCCUUGGCUUAUCGUCUCCCACUUGAAUAUCUCAAGUACCAUUUCAAGUGUGAUGUGUGCCUCAAGGUGUUGCUCCCUCGAUAUUGGGUCUAUCACUGUAGGAUUUGCAGAUAUGUUGCCCAUCUCAACUGCACCAUCUCAACAUCUCCUUCAUCACGAGCAAUAUGAACGUGGAUGCAAAUGUCACUGUGUUUCCAAUAGAAGAUGCAGCUGAAGAGCUUAUUGGACCUCUCGUUGCAAAAUUAGGAGUAACGACUAUCUCUCAUGAUAAUGAGAUCAUCAAAGGCAACUUCAAACUUCAUAAUACAAACCAUCUGUUACGCCUAAUCUCAUCAUUGCAUUAUCCGGAACUAAACGACCAUGUCGUCGAUGAUGAUGAUGAAGAAGAAGAUGUUGAUCUUAACUAUGGCUUGAAUGGAAAAUUAGUAGUGAUGGAUGCACCACACCAAUUUCAUCAACAGAU